UGAGAGCUGUAACUGAGAAAGAAUAUUCUGCUGACAUACUUCAAAAGAAUCAUAUUUAUGGCAACAUCAGACAAGAAGUUAGUGUCUACGUGAAAGUAUUUACAAAUAGCCCGUUCCUAGUGUGUAUGGAUUUAGGCCUUUCUCAAGAAGAAAUAAUAGAUCCCGACUAUUUGUGGAUUGGUCCAGAUGGAAAAAAUUUAAAAGGGCAAACGUAUAUGAAUCUUACAGAAACAGGAAAGCUGAUGGUGCUGGGUUUUAAGGAGUCCAUGUCUGGAGCCUACACUUGCACUCUUUCUCACAAGAUCAUUGAAGCCGAGACGCAGGACGAGACGGAGGUGUCCGAAGCGUACAAAUUCAUGGUAUAUGCAUACAGGGAACCUGACUAUACAUACAAGAUAUCUCUUCGCUUCACUACAAAGGAAUGCAAACUUGGAGCUAACAAGCAGUUCUUUGAGGAACUGAAGAGAAUCCUGGAUAAUAUUCUCUCUGAUCUGGCGUGUCAUGUCAUAGACCCAUCAUAUAAAUGCCAUUCUGUCAAGAUGCCAAAACAGAACCUCCUGCAUGAGCUGUUUAUUACUUUUCAAGUAAACCCUUUUGCACCAGGAUGGGAAGAAGUUUGCAACCACCUUCCUUACGACUGCGAAGAUGAAACAAACAGGAGAGUUCAAGAGGCAAGAAACCGUAUUGAAGAGUUUGUUAAUAAACAGACAUAUACUUUGAAGCAUGACUUUCAAACCCCGCCUACAAUACGCUACGUGGACCACAGCUUUGAAGUUACUCGCAUUGACAGCUGCCGACCAGGUUUUGGGAAAAACGAUGUCACCCACAACGACUGCGCUAGUUGCUGUGUGGUUUGUGACCCCGGAACAUACAGUCCUAACAAUGAAGUGACCUGCCGAACUUGUGUAAGAACUCAAAUCAAACAGUACGGAGCAAAAUCUUGCUAA